AUGGAUGGAAAAGUAGUGGCAACAAAAGGGGUCAAAGAUGUAUAUACUCUUACAAGUUGUGAAAAUGGUGAAAAUGUUACAGUUAUAGCCUGUUGCAAUGCUGGAGGAGACAAAGAAACGCCUUCCAAAGUUCUGAGUGAAAUACAUCCAGUGCCCAAACCACCAAAAAAUCUGUCCAAAAGACAACAAACAGCGAUUAUUCUCACUUCACCGAAAAAUUUUGAGAAAAGAAAAUUGCUGGCAAAUAAAAGAAACAUUAAAGUUGAAGCUGAGAGUAAGAAACUCAAGCAGGCUAAAACAAAAGCGACUGAUAUGAAAAAAAGGGAUAAUCCCAGUAGAGUAAAAGGUGAGCAAUACGGUAUCCUUACUGUGAAGGCACACUGGGAGGUAUGUAAUGACGAACUUAGUAAGCAAAUGCUUUUGUGA